UAGUUGCAUCGAUGAGUGGUGCGCGCGUGCGUGCGUUUUAAAACAACACUCAUUUUUAAAUUAACUACUCCCCGUAUCAAAAUCAGUUAAACAAUAACAAUUUAAUCAAUUGUGCUGUUUACACCAUGAGUUUAUGAAUCACUGAUCGUGUGUGGAUUAUGAUAAGUUGAAUGUUGACGGGUGAUAACGCGAACCGGAUGACUUUUGGAAAUGACAGGCAGACCAUUGGACCAGCCGUGAUAUAUUCACUGUGCUGCAUUCAUUGAGAUUAAUCGCGUUAUUGAUGUCUUUUAUAAACAUCACAAUGUGUCGUGUGUGUGUACAGUGUAGUGUAUUGGUGAUAACAUAGUGUUUAUCAACGAGAGUAAUAAUAUAAGAGGAUUCAAACUGUUCGGUUUAUUGCUGGAUGGGGGACUUUUAACUGAGAUACCACUGCGAGUACUUCCGCGGACCACAGAGAAUCAAUCCCCCCGGAUUCGCUCUCUCUAAUCAAUAAUUUUCACUGCAACUAGCCUCCCCCCUCCCCCAAAAACAAUCCUCCACCACACCGUCCUGAUUCAGUCGAGCGUUCGUCGAGAGGCACCCGAAAAGUCUGCUCUACUCUUCUCUAGUCUCACGUACUCGUGAAUAUAUCCCCGAAAUUUCAAUAAAAACAAAGCGGCGCGUCAAAGCGCAAAGUGAAAGGCAGAAAAAAUUCUGGACACAAUGGACAUGAGCAGCGAAUCGAGCGCGGCGCGGUGGUACGAGCCACCGAGAAGCCUCGAGCCAUCGUCAGGUGGUGGUAGUGGUGGUGUAACGGGGGUAAAUCCCGACUACCGAGGCUACUAUCCCCACGCUGGACCAGCCCCUCAUCACCCAGCAGCAGCAGCCCACUAUGCUCACAGUAGAAUGUCAUCGAGUGGUGUAUCGAGUGGUGCUGUGAGUCAAGUAUGUCGUCCCCACUUUCACGGUAUUCAUCCCUGGUUACCAAGUGCAAGUGGUGAUACAUCAAAAGCCUGGGCAUUUCCAACAACAACAGCAUCAACAGGCGGUGGAAGUGAAGAGAAACCCCAGAGUCCACUUGGUUCAUCCUUAUCCCUAACGAGUCAUGGAAAUGGUGUUACUGCCGGUCAUCAUCCCUUCUCAUUUCCCCCAACGCCACCAAAAGACGCAACGCCAGACAGCAUAACAACUAGUACUAGUUCAACAAAUAAUAAUAGUAGUAAUAGUAAUAAUAAUAAUACAACAUCAAGCAAUAAUAAUAGUAGCAGUACAGGCAAUAAUAAUGGAAGUAGUGGUAUUGGUAUUGGAACAGCGAGUGGUGGCACUAGUGAAUAUCAAGCGGCAGUGGCACAUGCAGCUGUUAUGGGUGCAUUUAUGCAUCAUCAGGAUGCACUUGGUGGUACUGGUGGCUCGUGUGAUGUUAAACCAUCGGUAAUGCUGGGACAUCAUCAUGGUGCAUCAUCACCAACGCAUCAGCAACAUCCGUCAAAUGGCUCGGGACAGGUUAAACAGCGUGAAGGUAACAAUCAGUCGGCAAAUACAAAUGGUACAACAGCUGGAAAUAAUACAGUCAACGGCCAGACGACAAACCAACAAGCUAAUACAACUGGCCAACAGCAGCAAGAUUAUCAGAAUACUGGUGGUGCAACAUCACCAUCUUGCCGUGACUCGUAUCAUCCCACUUCCCAUUCAGCACAUCAUCAUCACCAUCAUCAUCAUCCCACCUCAGGCUCCCAAUACGAUCCAACAGCUAGUGCAUACAAUAUGUAUCAACACCUACAGUAUCCAACCCAUCAUACCCACAAUCCUCACAAUGGCUCGUCAUUAUUCUCUGGUAGUCAUCAUACCACUGGUGUACCUGGUGUUAGUCCCGAUGCUAAACUUCUCGGUUCCACGCACGGCAACACUCCCAAUUCGCCCGGUUCCCAACAACAGCAGCAGUCUAAGACAAGGAACAAGUCCAGAACGUCCGCCGAGGGACGUGAAUGCGUCAACUGUGGAGCAACAUCGACGCCACUGUGGAGAAGAGACGGCACCGGACAUUACCUCUGUAACGCCUGUGGACUUUAUUACAAGAUGAACGGACAGAAUCGGCCGCUGAUUAAGCCCAAGAGGCGCCUGUCGCUGCAGAGCGCCGCACGGAGGGCAGGCACGAGUUGCGCAAACUGUAAAACAGCGACGACAACACUCUGGCGGAGGAAUCAGGCUGGGGAGCCGGUUUGCAACGCGUGUGGACUGUAUUAUAAACUUCACAACGUUAACCGACCGCUGACAAUGAAGAAGGAAGGGAUACAAACGAGAAAUCGGAAGUUGUCGUCAAAGAGUAAAAAGAAAAAGGGCAGCGGCUGUUUGGGGCUGGGUGGUGUCAUGGGAGACAUGAUCAAGGCUGGUGGACAUCUAGAUCUUGAUAACAAACCGUUCCACUCUGGCUUCGGCUCGCCAAUGGGUACCUCUCAACAUCAUCACACAAUGCAUCCGGCAAUGCAGCACUACAUGUACCACACGGGAGUGGGUGUUGCCAGUGGUCUUCAUCAAGGUUUUGCGCCACCAGCACCACCUCCAAUUCAUCCUCACUCACAUCCUCAUUCACACUCCCAUCACAUGACGAGUCUCCAGGGUCUUCAGCUCGCCGCCACGACGAAUGCCAUGCCCGGUUGGCGAUCCGAAUACACAUGAAUGAGUGCGAGUUAUCCAGAAAUACAACCAUCAACAAUCGCUCAGGACGCAGCCCACCAUUUUCUGACAUAGCAAGCUUAAUCUUCUUCGACGGUUGCGUCUCGCAAUGUUAACAUUGUAAAUACAUGUAUCCCAUUCAGUUUUAUUCAUGAAGGUGCAGAGAAUUUCGAGGGAGCUAAUAACUCGAUGCGUUAUUGCAAAUUAUACCGACGGAAUUUUUCGAUUAUGGGUUCAGUCAACUCUUAAGUGGGCGCGCAAUGGGGGAAUCCCCGCCGUUCCUCAAUUUUUUUUCUUCCUGCAUGAAGAUUUCGUAAGUGUGACAUUUAUAAAAAUUUGUCAAAAUAUUAUCAAUUCGUUGGUCCAUACUUAUCAUUAUAAAUUAUCAAAAUUUUUUGAAAAUUCGAAUUGCUGAAAACUCAGGGCUUAACUUCAAAAUUCAAAAAUUUUGAACCUAACGAACUUGAGCUGUUGGUUUACCUGACGCUUCUCUUUUAUAUCGUACUUUCCUGUUUAUGGAAGAUUGCAAAUAAUCCGUAAAUGAGGAAUAAAUAAUCUUUAUCAGUUUUUAUUUUUCAUGAAAUGAUAAAAUGCACAGGGCUGCGACCACUUAAGGGUUGAGAUUUGAUCCAGUCCAUACCGAAAAAUGCAAAAAAUGUAGGUAUCAUGAAUAAUUCUCCUGUAAAUAUGUAAAGUAUAUUAUUAUACCGUAGGGUGAUACACGCCCCCGGCCCCAAGUACAAAACGAAGUCAGCUACUAUCUUUAACGAAUCGUUAUGUUACUGUAAAUAUCGAAGAAAAUUAAAUUCAUUGUGGUAUAUUACCUAAAAAUGUGUUAUCGAUUCAAUAUGAAACGGCAAGAUUGACUGCAUUUCCUAGAUGUUUGAAGCCCCCUAAAGGGUCUCCCUUCACUGUCCAACUGAAAGAAAAAUGAAAAUUCACCGAGAGAAAAAUUUAUCCUUUGUUAUUUUUUACUGUCGCGAGUCAUCUUAGAUGUAUUACGGGUAAAUAGAGAAAUUUCUCCCCUUAUCGAUUAAAUCGUGCAAUUUGAGGCAACGAGUGAUGGUUUCAUCGGUGUAUUAGUGUAUGCACGACGGCUCACAAGGUCUCUGCUGGUUUUCACUUCUCCUUCUUAUUUCUUUCGUUUCCCCUCACAGAGCAACAAUAAUUGUCAUUUCUAACAGUAACCAGAGGUAACAGUGAACGUAGAAUUGGAAUAACGAACAAAUGGGAGAGAGAUGAUAAAGAAACACUCGUGUAGAAUUGAACAUGUGAAGUCCUCACUUGUUCAAUAAUUAGCAAAUGUAGAAGAACAAUUAUUUGUAAACGUAAUUAUCAACUAUCGUACCCAUCACAGGUGAAUCAGCUCAUAGACCCAAGUGAUCAUUAAAAUAUUUCUCAAAUAAAGAAUCUAGAUUUUGUCACAGCGUAUGAACAGAUAAAGCCACAUGAGAUGUCAAAGUGUAAUUACAUACUCAACACUUGUGAAUUACGUUGCAUUAUGUAAAUUUUGUAUCUUUCAAAGAUUGUGUAUCGUACCACUUUUUUCUGGAAUAGAUAUUAAAGGAAAAAUAAAACAAAUAUUCUAUGAAGAUAAAUAUAUAUAUUCUAAUGGAUAAGAGAAGUAAGGGUAUCUUAUUGGUAAAUAGUCGUUGAGUAUAAGUAAUUGUGUAUAAUUUUAGUUGAAAUAAAUAUAAACGUACAUUGAUAGAUAGUCAAAGUAUUAAAUUAAAUAAAUGGAAUGUCAUAUAUAUUAUUAUAUACAUGCAUAUAAAAUUUAUUGUUUAUUCUAUAUGUAUGUAUAUACGUGAAUUCAGCUUUGGAGCUGCUAUCGGAUAGAGAUGAGAGGGGCAAAAGAAUAUGAGACCACAUUGUGAUUUUUUUUCAAUUAUAAACGUUAUUAAUUCUAGUUUUAUUCGAUGGUAUUAUGGUGAAUGCGCUCAGCAAUAAAACGGUUGACUGUAUUCUCAGUGAAGUAUAUUCACAUUCCUUUAAGGAGACGAAAGAUCAGUAUAUUUCACUGAGAAUCUGAGGCGAUUUUCAGACUUGACGAUUUUCCAAUAGAAAAUACUCCAUGUAUAAAAAAAUUUCUUUUCAUCGCCGUAAAAACGGAAAUGUCGAUGACUCAUCGGGAGUUUGUAUACAUAGAAGAACGAAAAAAUAUCUAUUGUAGAGUAUUACUAGGGAGGUAGAUUGUAGACUGUAAAAUAUGAUUUAAAAGAAAAUAAAAAAAACAACAUGAAUAUUAAAAUUAAAUAGAAAACGUUCUCGCCAGUUGGGGGGGAAGUAAAAUGUAACAACAGAAUGGUUAAUUUAACGUGUAGAGGAGACCGCGUUGACGCCCCGACGGCGAUCGUGUAAAAAUGUGAAUGUAAGAUAUUAUUGUAAAAAAAGUUUUAACUUAAAAUAAAUUAAAUGAUAAAUCAUAAAUGUU